UCGUGUUCGUCUGCUUGCAGACAACACAACACAUGAUCUUAUUUUUUAGCUUUUCUGAUAAUUAACAUUCAAGUUGGUGCAGAAUUAUCACUGGAAAUAGAUUUAGAGUGUAACAGUAUUAGGACAAAUGCAGAUAUUUAUUCGAAGGAUUUUUAGAUGGUCAUCUAUUGGUAUUGCUUCUCCCUUAAAAAUCUCGACCAUGCAUCAUAAAGCAGACGUCUCUUCCCAGGCUAAACAUGUCCACCUGUCAGCCAAUCCAAUGGAGUUAUCAUUCUUUUCAUGGAUUUGUUCGGUUGCUCCCGCUUUUCCUGUCAGAGCCCAGAAUAUUAAGAUUUUAAGUGAACCUAGUGAAUUUUACGAUGCUCUAUUGCGCAAAAGUAGCACUGCCAAACACAGAAUUGUUGUGUCAUCCCUUUACCUAGGAACGGGACACUUAGAAAAAGCAUUGGUUGAGUCCAUCAGACACAGAAUGGUUGACCUGCAAGGGCAACUCAAAGUUACAUUCUUGCUUGAUCACUGCCGUGGAUCUCGGGGAAAUAUAAACUCUCGAUCCAUGAUAGCGCCCUUACUAGAGGAGCAACCAGAUUCAGUGCAGGUUUCCCUGUAUCAUACAAUAGCACUAAGAGGGCUUCUGCGGUCAAUACUUCCCCAACGAUUCAAUGAAGUAGUGGGCUUACAGCAUAUGAAACUCUAUAUAUUUGAUAAUACUAUUAUCAUAAGUGGGGCAAAUUUAAGUCAUGACUAUUUUACUAAUAGGCAAGAUCGAUAUGUUAUUAUUGAGGAUUGUGAAGAUUUAGCUAAUUUUUAUGUAAACCUUGUCCAUAAAGUAUGCGAGUUCUCUUUUCAACUCCUACCAAAUGGUUCAACAGAGCUUCAUUCUGCAUGGCCACCAGAUUGUCAUCCUUACAAUGGAGACAAAAAUAAGUUCAUUGACAAUGCUCAAAGACAAAUUGAGAAAAUUAUAAAACCUACAACAAUUGAAUCAAAAAAUAUACCAAAAAACACUUCAGACACCUGGGUCUAUCCUCUUGUGCAAAUGGGUCAGUUAAAGAUCCACCAGGAUUCUGAAGUGACUUUGGAUUUACUCCAACGGUCACCACCAGGUUCUCAAAUCCAUCUUGCGACUGGUUACUUUAAUUUGCCUAAACAAUACAUGGACAUAAUACUUAAUAAAUCUGAAGCAACAUACCACAUUUUAACAGCACACCCAACUGCAAAUGGUUUCCUGAAUGCACCUGGCCUCGCAGGGGGAAUUCCUGCUCUAUAUACUCAAUUAGCAAAGGACUUUUUUCUUCGGUCCUGUGCAUUGAAACAGCACAAUCGGGUGCAAAUUCAAGAAUACAUACAACCAGGGUGGACAUAUCAUGGAAAGGGUCUCUGGCUGACUCUACCCGGCCAGCAGUUUCCAUCCCUCACUCUCAUUGGCUCCCCUAAUUUUGGAUCAAGGUCUGUGGACAGGGACCUUGAAACACAGAUAGCAAUUGUGACUUCCAAUGAAGAACUACAAAGCAGACUUGCAGAUGAAAGGAACAGAUUAUAUGGAAAAGGGCAUGAAGUCAAUAAGGCAACUUUUACCAGGAAUGAUAGACAAGUACCCCUGUGGGUAUUUUGCAUAUCAAGAUUUUUCAGACGGUUAUUUUAGGCACAAAAAAUAAAUGCUUCAAAUUUA